AUAAAUGAUCAGUAAACUACUUUCCUCUUCUCCCAGUUCUCAGCCGUUCUCAGCAGUCAGCAGUCUGACUGAGAGCUUCUUUCCCUCUAAUCAACAAAAAAUCUUAAAUCUUUACAGGGUUUUUGGAAUAUCAACUUCGAAAACCCCUUAGCAACAUGGAUCAUCGUCUUCGUUCUAGAGGAGAAAAGAAGGUUUACUCUGGAUUCACAACAUCCGAGAUGGAGAAAAUGGAGAAAGUAAUAAAAGAAUCAGGGGAAAAUCCUCUAAAUCCUGAUGUCUUUAAGAUAUUAGCAAGAAGAUUCAAUCGAUCUUCAGGACGAGCUGGAAAACCUAUCUUAAAAUGGACUGAUGUCCAAAAUUGGUUUAUUGAAAAGCAGCAAUGCCUCAUGUCAAAAAAUACAAAUAAAUUGCCAGCUGUCCAAGAAGGUGAUUCUGAUAUGUCUAAAGGAGAAAAAAUUGUAGAUCUUUCAAAGUUGGAAUUCGAGGCAAAAUCAUCAGAUAAUGCAUGGUAUGAUGUGGAAGUAUUUAUCACACAUAGAUUUAUCUCAAGUGGACCUGAAGUUCUUGUAAGAUAUGUUGGAUUUGGGAUAGAAGAAGACGAAUGGAUUCAUGUUAAAAAUGUUCGUGAAAGAUCUAUUCCCAUUGAGCAUUCAGAAUGCCAUAAAGUCAUGAUUGGAGACACUGUGCUUUGUUUCCAAGAGAAAACAGAUCAAGCAAGAUAUUAUGAUGCUCAAGUGAUGAAUAUUCAAAGGAAGUUGCAUGAUAUAAGAGGCUGCAGAUGCAUUUUCUUGAUUCGAUAUGAGCAUGAUGACUCUGAGGAAAGUGUUCGGUUGAAGAGACUGUGUUGCCAGCCGGAAUAUUAGAAUCUUGUAAACCAUUUAUGUUAUAGAUGUUUUUAUUCAUGUGGUUUAUUGGAUGAUAUAUUAUAUAGAAAUUGUUAAUAUAGUUUUGGAUUUUUUGCUAUAAAUUGUAUUGUAUUCCCAACUGGGUUCUCAUGUAUUUUUUUGAAGCCCAAAUCUUGGGUUAUUUAUUAAAGAAUUGGGAUCAAAUGAUGCAGAAAAAA